AAAAAUAGGUUUGUCACUUUCUUAGAAAUUUCGACUGGAUGUGUAUGUGUUUCUCGAAUAAUAAAUAAACAAGAUGACACAACCGCUCCAAUAAAAACCUUACAAAUUUUCUACAUACAUAUCUUUUCCUUUUUAAUUUCUCACCGAACUCUGUCUACUUAACAACAACCCUCCCAUCCCAGAUCUCACCAUUUCAUUCACCACUCCCUCAAAUCGCACCUAAUAGUUUCGAUAUCUACCGGAUCGCGGUAAACCAAAAUCUUUUCAAGAACUAAAAAGAGAGACAGAGGAUGGAUAAUAACAAUAAUCAGUUUUGGCAGUUCAGCGACCAAUUAAGAGUCCAGACGCCUCACAAUCUGGCGAAUCUGUCUCUAAACGACUCCAUCUGGAGCACCAAGCGCACCUACGACGACCGUAGAAACUUCGACAUCCCCACCUCCGACAAACAAAACCCCAUCGAGUAUCACAACAACAGCAACAACAACAAGGCUUCUUCCGACAUCAACACCAACUGGAACAACUGGAAGCACUCCACCCCCAACGGUUUCGGACCCGUCGGCUCAAAAUCGACAUCCACCAACACCAACGUCAAUUUCAACCACAGCCCUUUCAACGACACGUGGAAAUUCAACUCCGACGACUUCAACGGCGGUUUCAACAAAGGCAUCUAUUCUUCUCCUUCUCCUUCCCCCGCGCAGCCCAAGAGCUAUGGCUUCAACUCGAAGAACAAAGGGAUGAUCGUCGAAGAAGAUCAUCAUCAUCAGAUCCGAGGAGGAGCGAAGAAGAACAACAGGAAGAAUCAUAAUCAUCAGAAGAACAACAACAAGAAAGAAGACAACGAUGGUUCGGUGGACAAGAGGUUCAAAACUCUCCCUCCCGCGGAGGCUCUCCCGAGGAACGAGACCAUCGGCGGUUACGUCUUCGUCUGCAACAACGACACCAUGGAGGAGAAUCUCAAGCGCCAGCUCUUCGGUUUGCCUCCGAGAUACAGGGACUCGGUCAGAGCCAUCACUCCGGGACUUCCUCUCUUCCUCUACAACUACUCCACUCACCAGCUCCACGGUAUCUACGAGGCCGCGAGCUUCGGUGGAACCAACAUCGAGCUCAGCGCUUUCGAAGACAAGAAAUGUCCUGGAGAAUCGAGGUUCCCUGCUCAGGUGAGGGCUGUGACGAGGAAGGUGUGUUUGCCGCUGGAGGAAGACUCUUUCAGGCCCAUUCUGCAUCACUACGACGGCCCUAAGUUCCGCCUCGAACUCAGCGUCCCUGAGGUGCUUUCUCUUUUGGACGUUUUUGCUGAGCAGAACCCUUAGAAUUCGUCUGGAUGAAAAAACAACAAAAGAGUUGGGAGUUGAUGAUGCCUUGUAUUAUUAUGUAAUACCCGUUUUACUAAUGUAAAGAGUAUUAAUAAUUUGUCUCCAGAAGAUAAAAAUGGUGGUAUUUUAUACAAUUUUCGGUUUCUUUUUA